GUCACUGCGCAGUCGCAGUAGCAGAUGUUUUACAGAUCUGGGACGUCGUGUUCCGGGACGAGCUGCUGCAGCAGAAGUGCAUGCAGGCUGUGUUUGUGUAUGUGUGUGUGUCCUGACUGUCUUUUACAUCUCAUACAACAACAAUAACUCACGAAGAGUCGGACCGGCUCUGUUUAAAACCAAAGCGACACGGAAACAUGUGAAAUGUUUGACUGUGUCGGCGGACUGAACUAAUAUUGUGUCACCUCUGCGUCUGUUGACAAGUCUAAAGUUCAUCAAUGCAGGCUGAACAAAAACUCACCGGACAGGCUUCAGUGGCACCUGAUCCAACAACAAUCCCUCGCUGCUAUCUCAACAAUGAACUGUGGAUAGCCUGAAGCACUGACUGAAGAAUGGCAAGGUUUAGACGCAAAUCUUGCAUCACGUUAAUUGCUUUGGUGUUGCUUGUUUUCAUAAUAACAGUGGUCUUGAAGGCGCUUACACCAGAGGACUCACUGUUCAGCCUCCCGGACAAAAAUAAUGAGAUUCAGAGAGAAGACGACAAGAAACCCGAGCAAAUCAAAAUGAACGACUCUGCUGAGUCAGAAAAAGAUGCAGAACUGGAAAGUACGCUGAGGAAGUUCCCUCCUCCAAACUACUAUCUCCAUGCCUUCUACUACACGUGGUAUGGGAACCCCAAGUUUGACGGCAGGUACAUCCACUGGGACCACGUGCAGCUGCCACACUGGGACUUUAAGGUGGCUCAGGGGUAUCCACAAAAGAGGCACGUCCCACCUAAUGACCUCGGGUCCAACUUCUACCCCUCUUUAGGGGCUUACAGCUCCAAGGAUCCUUCCGUUAUGGAGGCGCAUAUGCAGCAGCUACGUACAGCAGCCAUUGGUGUCAUUGCUGUUUCCUGGUAUCCUCCAAAUAUGAAGGAUGAUAACGGUGAUCCAACGGAUGACUUUGUGCCUUUGCUGCUGGAAGUGGCACAUAAAUAUCAUAUUAAGGUAGCGUUUCACAUUGAACCGUACAAAGGAAGAGAUGAAGUCAACAUGUUCACCAAUGUCAAAUACAUCAUUGAAAAAUACGGAGAACAUCCUGCUUUCUUCAGGUACCGGACAAACACUGGUAAGGUUCUUCCACUCUUCUACGUGUAUGACUCAUAUCUGAUGAACUCUGAGCAGUGGGCCAAACUGCUAAAACACACAGAGAGUAACAGCAUCAGGGAUACCCCAUAUGACGCCAUCUUCAUUGCCCUGCUGGUUGAGGAGAAACAUAAGAGGGAUAUCCUGACUGCCGGUUUUGAUGGUCUCUACACCUACUUUGCAACUAAUGGAUUUUCCUAUGGGUCCACUCAACGGAACUGGGACUCGAUUAAAGCUUUCUGUGAAGAUAACAGCCUGAUAUUCAUCCCGAGUGUGGGUCCUGGGUAUAUUGACACAAGCAUUCGACCCUGGAACUUUCAGAACACUCGAAACCGCAUUAACGGCAAAUACUAUGAAACUUCACUGAGUGCUGCGUUACAAGCCAAGCCCGAUUUUAUCUCCAUAACAUCUUUUAAUGAAUGGCACGAGGGUACUCAGAUUGAAAUGGCAAUUCCCAAAUCAAGCCAGACCGUGUAUCUGGACUACUUGCCCAAUAAACCUGAAAUCUACUUGGAGAUAACUCGCAAAUGGGCUGCGAUAUUUGCUGGUGAGCGACGGAAAUGGCAGGACUGAGGCAUAGCAAAUGUUUAUUCGUGGUUGUAUUAAAUGAUUACAUAAAAGACGCUAAAUGAAGUUCUAGUUACAGAAUGCACAACAAAAUGCACAUAAUGAAUAACUGUAUGAGAACAACCAAAUGAUUUUCAAAGCCACAGGCAAGCGGACCACAUCAUCAUUUUUUUUUUUUUACACUGGGUUGAAUUAUUGUUAAUUUAACUGAUGUCUUAUUACUUCUUGUUUACACAGCCUUGUACAUUUUUGGUUUCAUAACAUAAUCAGCAUGUUUUAUUACCGUCUUCAGCUGAACCUGUACGUUGGCAUGAUUUGCCGUUCUGUAAUCUGUGACUAUAUUAAACCUCAAUUAAAAAAGUGCACCCUGGAACGGAAGGAAAGACGCAAAUAAACAAAGCAGCCUGCUGGUGUAAA